UCAAUCAACAACUUUAAACUAAGGAUGAGGGCUUUCCAAGCUUCUGCGAUUUUUUUGCUGGUCUGGUCCUUUGUGAAUGCCGGUCAACCCGUUUAUGGACCGCCAGCGCCUGUGCCAAUAGAAGGCGGACCAGGACCCGCAUUGCCUCCUCCACCAUUGCCUGAACUUCCACCAGCACCGAUUCCUCUCAGUGCAGGCAACGGCAUUGGGCUCGGAAAUGGUGGGUUAACUGGCGCUUCACUAAAGGCAAUCGGUGGUUUUGGAGGUGGACUCGGGUCUGGCGAUCUUAGUGGUGGAUCGGCACUAGGCGGAUUGAGCGGAGGAUUCGCAGCCAGAGGUUUAGGUGGCGGAUUAGGAUUAUCUCUCAAUGGUGGUGCAAUUGGCGGGGGAAUCGCUCCCUAUGGGCUUAGUCUCACCAAAGUACGUGUCAUUACCAAGGAAGUUCAUGUUCCUCAACCCUACCCAGUUCAUAUUACCAAUAAAAUACCAGUUCCAGUUAAAGUUAAAGUUCCAGUAGAAGUACCCACACCGUUCGAGGUAAAAGUCCCAGUUCACGUUCCAGUGCCAGUACAAGUGAAAGUACCAGUUGAAGUACCAAAACCAUAUGCCGUUCACAUUACCAAAUCUGUUCCAAUACCAGUUGAAAAAGUAGUGUACGUUCGUGUUCCACAUGCGGUACAAGUUCCAGUUCCACAACCCUACACGGUUCAAGUCCCAAUUCCAGUUCAAGUUAAAGUACCGCAGCCAGUAAUCGUAAAUGAUCCUCAAAUAGUUAAUCUUGGAGGUAGUCACGCUGGCCUAGGAGAUGUUGGAUCAGGUAUUGGAGGAGGUGCUGGAAUCGGACCCGGGUUUGGAGGUAUUGGAAUCGGAUCUGGUUUGGGUGGUGCUGGAUUCGGACCUGGAUUUGGAGGUGCCGCCGUUGGUGCUGGUUUAGGCUCCGGUUUAGGAGGUGGAAUUGGAGGUGGUUUACCCGAAGUGGUAGAUGCCAGACUUCUGCCAGGUAGUGUAGGAAGUAAUCUGGGGGCUGGACUUGGAAGUCAAACAUCUGGUCUUAGUUUGAGCGGUGGAUUCGAAUCAAGCAAUUUAGGCCAAGGCAGCGUCACUAUUACUAAAUCAGUCGAACGCAAUAUUCAGGAUCCGAGUGGUAACAUCUUGGAGUCGUCCAACGGAGGAUACAACUACAAUGUUCCCAUUUUGGACAAAAAAUUCAUUCGUAGUGUGAAAAACAAAGCUUAAAUCAUUUACAAAUAUUAUUAUAUAUCUAUUAUUGUUAAUUGUUGAAUAUUUUAAAUAAAUUUUU